AUGUCACUUCAACCAGUUUUCAACAUCCACAAUUAUGACUUGAAACUUCAAAUUGAUCCGAAACAAUUAAAAAUGAUUAAAAAUAAUAAGAAUAAGAAUCUUUCACUAACUUUACUCUGUAAACAUCCGAAAGCAACAAAGGCAACUAAAAAGUUACUUGGAACAAAAAAGUUGACUCUCAACCCAAGUUUCUCUGUUGAAACUUUGUUUCUUCCUGUUCUACAAUUGUACGACAAAGGACUUGUAAUGAAAAAAGGUUUAAAUGUUGGCCCUGAGAUAAUCUUCUUGAAUGCGUAA